UAGAAGAACAAGUGAGAACAAACGAUCGUCAUCAUGAAAUUGAUCAUUUUCUCGUUGAUGUUCUUAGUCAGUGCCUGUUCUGGUCAAGAUGUGAUUCCAACCAAAGACUGUUUAACCAAGGCUUUAAAGGAAGUACCUGAACUGCUGGUCAGCCUUAACGAUUUGUUAUGCAAAUAUUUUCAUGCAAAGGACAAUAAUGAGCUAUACAAUCAAGUUUAUAAAGAACUGAAAGAUUUGCUGGAGCAAGCUGGAUGUGCUCUUGUGAUUGGGGCAGAAGCUGGUACAGAAAUUGCUGAUCUUGCCAACAAUUUGAUUGAAGAUGUGAUAAGGAAACUUUUGGACAAUCUUCCAAUUACAGAAGAUUUAUUUAGACUAUUGUGCGAUGUGACAGAUGGCCUCACAAAGUGUAUAACAAACGCUAAUUUGCUUUCUACAGAUACGAGUGCUGUGAUAGCUCUUCUAAAAGAUCCUUCAAAUACUGUGGAUAAAAUUUUUGACCUUGUAGAUUCUUUGGGCAAGACAUUUGGCUGCACCCUGACUGAUCUAUUAAGUAAAGAUAAAUUGGAUCACCUUAAUUAACCCACGGGAGAAGAUAUUUUGCAAUCUUUGCUCUCUAUUAAAUUGUUUUUCUUUUUCUUUUUAUGAUGCAGUGAUUCCUCUUCUGUUAAUCUGU